AUGGCCAUAGCAACAGGCGGAGGAGAAGAAGAAGCAACAAUACAACGCAUAUUACGCAUUACUGACGUUGCACAGGAAUCACUUGAAAUUCUUGCACCCAUAGGUGGUUAUUCCAGUGUACCUCUUGUUUCGCUUGAAGAAGCAGUCAAACCACUUGUUCCUAUUCUACCUGAUGUUCAAAGUAAUGCAUACGCCGCUAAAUUAAAAUGUAGUAAACCUGCCGAUAAUUUAACACAAGACGAAUCUGCUUCGAUUAUGCUUUACACCAUGACAUGGGAGCCUCCCACGGAAUGCCUCUACAUGAUCUUGAAUGAUAUACUACGAACAAAGGAUCGACAACAAAAACUCGCACCUUGGUAUCUUUAUUUGAGACUUUUUCUAAAUGCACUAUUCCGCCUUCCAUUGCUUCCUACGAUGGCAUACAGAGGUGUUAAAUUAGACCUAAAAUAUCGCUAUAUCGAAGGAGAAACAAUUGUGUGGUGGGGGUUUUCAUCGUGCACAACAUCUAUGGGUGUACUACAAUCAGACCUAUUCUUGGGUAAAAGUGGCACUAGAACCAUGUUUACCUUACAAUGUAAAUCAGCAAGAGACAUCCGUAAACAUUCGUUUUUUCCAACAGAUGAUGAAGUGCUUCUUAUGGCCGCAACACAAUUUAAAAUAGUCAGCUCUCUUGAUCAAGGUGAUCUUCAUAUGAUUCAAUUGGAAGAAACUACACCAAAGUUUUCACUUUUACAACCAGUACCCAUUGUUGGUUCAUUACCAAUGAAUUCAAAUCCAUCCGGUGAUCCUAUUUUAACUGCUAUCGUCAAUGUCGAAGAAAAAGCAGAGAUACGUUCGAUCAAGCUUCAAGAUGGCGCCAAGCCUCACUCGCAUUAUUUGACACAACAAUGGUGUCGAGACAACUUUCCAUCAUUUAUUGGCAAGGAUCGUUGGCCUCCAAAUAGCCCUGAUUUGAGUCCUUUGGACUAUUCGAUUUGGGAUGAACUUGUCAAUACUAUCAAUUGGAACAAAGUUCAGUCAAAAACAACAUUGAUUCAACAAUUAAAAUCAUCAUUUAAAAACAUUCGUGAAUCAGUUGUUUUUGAAAUUAAUAUUCCUGCUAAUGCCACAUGGGCACAGAACGGAGUGACUAUUGCUGGAGGUAACGGGUAUGGGGGUGCCAUUAAUCAACUCUACCACCCUUUUGGUCUCUCCGUUGAUGAUGAUCAAACAGUGGUUAUUGCUGACUGGGGGAAUCAUCGUAUCAUGCAAUGGAAGAACGGUGAUACAACGAAUGGACAAGUUGUUGCUGGUGGUAAAGGCCGAGGAAAUGGAUUUCAUCAAUUGCAGUAUCCAAUUGAUGUAUUAAUUGACAAAGAGACGGAUAGUCUCAUUAUUUGUGAUCGAGACAACCUACGAGUUGUACGAUGGUCUCUUCGUAGUGAUACAACACAAGGAGAAGUGCUCAUCGACAAUAUCCACUGCCGAGGAUUGGCUAUGGAUGAUCAGAGAUAUCUCUACGUCUCUGACCGCGGAAGAGAUGAAGUAAGACGAUAUCAAUUGGGUGAGAAGAAUGGCAUUCUCGUAGCUGGUGGUAAUGGACGAGGUGAUGGUCUUAAUCAACUCCACUGGCCGACAUAUCUCUUUGUCGAUCGGGAUCAUUCAGUGUACGUAUCAGACAACGAGAAUCAUCGUGUAAUGAAAUGGGUGGAAGGUGCAAAAGAAGGUAUUGUGGUCGCUGGAGGACAAGGCCGAGGGAGUGCUCUGACACAAUUGUAUUAUCCUAAAGGAAUCUUUGUUGAUACGUUGGGUACACUCUAUGUAGCAGACUCGUGGAAUCAUCGUGUAAUGCGUUGGACUCAAGGAGACAAGAAACAAGGCACUGUAAUUGUGGGUGGAAAUGGCAAAGGAGAAGGAGCAAAUCAGUUCAACGACCCCAUUGGUUUGUCUUUCGAUCGACAUGGUAAUCUCUAUGUUGCCGAUCAAAAUAUUUAUCGUGUUCAACGAUUUUCUAUCGAAUAA